ACUCACCUACCCUCAACUGCCGUUGCCGUCACGAGUGCUUAAUUGAUCUGCCCCUUUUUCCCUCUUCUUCCCUCACCCUAUCCCCAUGCAUGAUUCUCCAUUACCUUCUUUGAUCCAAGAAUUCAUUCUCCUCUUCCUUCAAUUGCACCCAGAUUGCACAACAAACCCAUAUCUAGCAGUUGUCAACCAUCACACGCAAAAUUCAUCAUAAUGCAAGAAUCAGCAACACCCCCUUAUUUAUUAUUCCCUUCACUUUCACGUUAACAUUUCCACACACCCAACAACAACUUCCAUAGCAACCAGAACAACAAGUAAAACAAAACAAGACACUUCUGAUUCUGAAUCUUCUUACAUCAAGUUCAAACCUUUCUACAAAAAAAUUAUACCCUUUUGCCCAAUUCAAUCAAAUCACACUUCACUAACUAACUACUUCGCUUCCUUCACAAUGCCGGAAUCGCCCAACUCGCACGCCGGAAACUCACUGAGUCAACUCGCUCGGAGCAUGUUCUCCGACAACAACAGCAACAUCUUACUCGCCGCCAUUGUUUCCUUGCUCCUCGUCAUCCUCUUCGUCCUUCUCCUCCACGUGUACGCCAAGUGGUUCUUCCUAGCUCGGGCGCAAUCACAGUCACAGUCACAAUCUCGCCGCCGUCGCCGGCGAACUCCGGCGAGUUCUUCCUCCUUCACCCACAUCAGCAUAGAAGCCUCCUCCUCCUCCUCCUCCUCCUCAUCAUCAUCAUCAUCUGUCUCCACCAAAGGGCUUGAUUCAGUGAUGGUUUCGAAGAUUCCGAUGUUUGUGUCGGAGUACGAAGCAGAAGCAGAGGAAUUGGAAUGCGUGAUUUGCUUGAGUGGAAUUGAAGAGGGAGAGAUUGGAAGAAGGUUAACAGAGUGUGGCCACGCUUUUCAUGUGGAGUGCAUUGACAUGUGGUUGAGCUCUCAUUGCAAUUGUCCACUCUGCAGAGCCCCUGUUUCGGUCAACGAUUCUCAGGUGGGUUCGGUUGGUGGCGGUGAUGAUGGCGGUGGUGGUGGUGGUGAUGACCAUGGUGUGCUUGAGAUUGUGAUUGGUGGGGAUGAUGAUGAUGAUUUUGGAGGUUCUUCUGUGUCAGAAACUUCAGUGUCUUUGUUGGGUUUUUCUUUGAAGAGAUUACUGAGUAAGGUUUUUCUAUCUUCCCAUGUAAAUGAAUUAGAAGGUUCACAAUGAGAUGAACACAAACAUGAGCUAUUAAUCAAUAUACAAAUGAUUUUGUUGGA